AUGACCAAUGAAUAUCGCGCAACGAUGAUGAAACUACGCGUGUCCGCUGUUUCAACGUUCUUUGUGAUGUUCGGUAUUAAUUUGGUGGAGCCUCUGAUGCACGACAGUAUAUCCAAGUUUCUGGGAUCAUUGACUUCCGUCAAACAAGUGAGGAUACCUGUACUGUUGAACCAACUAUGCAACGAAUCGCAAGGAUCGAGCACGAUUCUUCAAGACGCCUGCUACGGAUGCUUCUACAGGGCUACCAAUCAACCUCUAGGAUACUCUUUGCUCGUGGCUAUGUCUACCUGUGGCGACGUUUAUCUCAACGAUACCGACUAUGGUCACUGUCAACAGUAUUUGAAGAAUGCUACCAGUUCUCUGGAUACGAGGAACACUCCUACGACCAUAUAUUGCACGUUCCUCGAGUGCAUUCGUCAAGUAAACAAAGACAAUUUGCUCAGGGAAUGCGUCGGCGAAGCCAUACGAAUGUUUCCUCGUUUCAACAACACCGACGUCCAACUAGCCCAAUUAUUCGUGAAUACCACCGCCUGCGUGCUCGCGAAAACACGCUGCGCGCUCACGAAUCCGAUAACCGGGGAAUUUCAAGAAGACGACCUUGCUAAUAAGUUCAACAUACCCACGGUCAACGCAGUUCUGGUCAACACGGAUUACGACAUCAACAUCGUCCAGUUACCGUUUCAUUACGGUUCCGUGGACGUUUGCGCGAAAUACAGAAAUUUCGAACAGGCGACCUGGCCGAGCGUCACCUGCUGACCAGAAAUUUCCCUCCCAACCAAAACCAAAAGCACCA